AUGGAUCUCAUUGUGCUGGCUGAAAGCCCAGCACCUCAGUUUAGCAAGAAACUGUCAAAAAAAUAUGGCCCAGUCUUCAGCAUUCAGAUGGGAUGUCAGAAAAUGGUGGUGCUGUCGGGAUAUGAGUCGGUGAAGGAGGCUCUUGUGAACCAGGCAGAUGCAUUUGCAGAGAGACCUAAAGUCCCAGUGCUUGAAGAGAUUUCCAAAGGAUAUGGUGUUAUUUUUUCUCAUGGCAAUAACUGGAAAGUGAUGCGAAGAUUUACUCUCACGACCUUACGAGACUUUGGAAUGGGCAAGAGGGCCACAGAGGACCGGAUUGUUGAAGAGUCUGGAUUUCUGAUUGAGGAUAUUGAAUCUCGUAAAGAAAAGCCCUCUGAGAUCGCUACAAUUAUGAAUGCUGCAGUUGCCAAUAUCAUUGUGUCAAUAUUAUUUGGAGAACGGUUUGACUACAAAAAUCCCACAUUCUUAAAACUACUAAGUCUGAUGAGUGAAAACAUCAGGCUGGUUAAAAGUCCGUCAGUUACGCUGUUCAAUAUGUUUCCUGCCCUUGGGUUCCUACCAGGAAAUCACAAGACAGUCUUUAAUAAUCUGGAAGAACUGUACUCCUUUACUCAGCAGACUUUCAUCGAACACCUGAAGCAAUUAGAUCCCAAUGACCAGAGAAGUUUCAUUGAUGCCUUUCUCAUCAGGCAGCAGGAGGAAAAAUCUAAUCCCAAUUCCCAUUUCAAAAAUGAGAAUUUGCAAAGCCUGGGGAGUAAUCUGUUCACAGCUGGGAUGGAAACAACUUCCCCCACACUCUGCUGGGGCCUUUUGCUUAUGCUGAAAUACCCAGCCAUUCAGAAAAAAGUCCAUGAAGAGAUCGAAAGAGUUAUAGGAUCUGCCCAGCUUCAUUAUGAACAUCGGACACAAAUGCCGUAUACGGACGCAGUCAUCCAUGAAAUUCAGAGGUUUGCUAAUAUCCUGCCAAUGAGCUUGCCUCAUGAGACUACUGAGGAUGUCAGACUUAAUGGUCAUGUUAUUCCUAAAGUAAGUUUUUUUUAAGAGGUACUUUAAUUACCUGGACCUUCAAAUUCACCAGUUAAAACAGAAUAACCGUGGAUUAUUUAAAUUCCUCCAGACCAGAAAUCACAUGACCUCAUGCACAUAAACACCAUGGUGAUCAGUAGGGAUUGAACCUGGGGGCUUCAGCAUCAAAAGUACUAGCCCAUCUAACUGCAGCUAAAGGAGUUACUCUGAUAGCUCUGGAUAAAGUAGAAGGCCGUUCUCCUCACUGGGGCUAGCACAACCCUAGAGAGACACAUGAACACAUAAGCAGAUCUGAAUGAGAAGAGAGGAUAUUUUUUGAAUAUUGCCUUUUCUCUUUAACUUAAGAGAACUAAAGAUGUUCUAUCAUGAAACUGACAGCAGAUUGAAUGCUCUGUGUGUUACACUAAUAAAAUAAUACCAACAGGAUCUUAUAAGAGGUAUAAGACAAUAUGCCAGGUUUAUUGUAAAUACAGAGAAAGAGCGAGAAAUCAGGAUAUGCAAUUCAAUAUUAUUUCACUACCGUUCCUUAUUCAUACACACUCAUUCAUACAAGUUCUGCAGAGUUGUUAUAGUUACCAGCCUCAAGGUUGCUCGUUGCAGAGUACGGCCAAGUAGCCUGCACACAAGCAAACAAGUUAAAAGCAAGGAAGAGUGGGAAGCUGUGUUCUGUUUUAAAGAACAAUUACAGUUGUUUUUGCAAAGCCUUAUCACUCUUUGAGAACAGACUUUCUGUCUUAGGAUGUGUUAACACAAUUAGCAGUUUGGCCUUGCAUGUUUCUCACAGACAGGGAGAGACACAAAAAUGAAAAAUCAAGAGGCCUGUUCUGUUACCAAUAUCUUGGAGUUUAAGCUGUGGGGAAUUCAAUCUUACCCCUUGUCUCUCUUGGCCUCAGACUUGUUAU